AUGCGAAAAGCAUUCGAAGAAGGUGGUAGUUUAUAUAAACACUGUGAUCUUGGAUUAUGCGAUCGAAAUCGAAUAGGCAGAGCUGAUGAUAGACAAUUGGCAGCUGAAGGGGAAUUAAAAUUUGACAAAGAGGAGUGCGAAAGGGGUGUUAAUGAAAAGCAAGAGGAUACAAACAGAAAGGUGAUUGCAAAUAAAAAGGGAAAUGAAGGGGCAUAUGGAGUGAAAAACAAAAAUGUUAAAAACAUAUUUAUAUAUGAUAAUGAAACAGCCCAUAAUGUCAAAUCUAAUCUAGCAUCCAGUGUAAACCUAAUAAACAUAGAUUAUGUGAAAAAGAAAGGGCUUAUCUGGAGACGUUUUAACAAUAUAUCAACUAUUGUUAGUACAAGUGAUGAUGAGAUCAUUGGAUGUGUUCCUGGUGUUGAAGUUGAUAUUGACAGUAUUAAAGUGGUUCAAAAGUUCCAUGUGAAGCGUGGAUUUUGUUGUAAUGUUAUUCUUGGAAUGCCGUGGAAAGCAACAUUCAUGAUCUCUGAUAAAAGCAUAGAUGAAUAUAUGAAUAAAGGUAGUAUAAUAAAGAAUGAUGAUCAAAGAAAAAAUGAAUUUGUAGAUGUUAGAUGUAUUAAAGGUAAAUUGACGGAGAAUGAUGGUGCUGGCGAAGAGAAAGAGAAAGUAGUGAUGGAAAAGACAAUAAUGUUAACAAAUGAAUCUGGAAAAGAUUACCAUGAAGGUAAAAUUGAAAAUGAAAAAGAUGAACAAAAGGCAUUUGUUCAAUGUCAAAGCCUCGGGAAAAUGAAUUGUGAUAAUGAAACACGUGAUCACAAGUGUGAUGAUAAGAAUAAACGAUGCAUUGGAUUAGGAGGAGCAUCUAUGAGUCAUCCAAGCACUAUAUGA